AGCUCACGCUACAAGUGGCCGCCAUUGAAAUCCGGAUGGAUAAGAGUAAGACCACCCAUAUCGCUUCUUCCGACCAAAAAACAGAGCAAAGUUAGUUUUUUUAUUCUACACCCACAUCACCGGCCCUACACUUGUCCGAACAACCUCGUCAACGGUCGAUCGAAUCGUCGUUUCGUCCUUUACACAGUACUUCAGAAGUAGCCCUUUUAUCUCAGGCCGUUUAAUGGUUACAGAAAGUUGUUAGCUCUAUGAACUUUUGAGUUGCAGAGAGAGAAAAUAGUGUAAGUUUUCUUUCUGGGUUUUGAGUUUGGUUGAAGAUGACGAGUCUGCAGGUGAGGCGAGAGAGUGAAAUGGACCAGGAGAGUCCGAAGAGUCCAGAGGCAAAGCUUGGGAUGAAAGUGGAGGAUCUGUGGGGUAUUCAGGAACCAAAGCUUACUCCUACCGAGAAGCUCAACGCUUGCUUUGAGAGCAUCCCUGUCUCUUCUUUCCCUCUCGCUCCUCAAGGGGUUGAGAUAAGAUCGGAUGCUAGUUUAGCGGAGGCUGUUCGAAUUCUGGCUCAAAACAAAAUUCUUAGCGUACCAGUUGUUGACGUUAAUGCCCCUGAGGAUGCAACAUGGAUUGACAGAUACAUUGGCAUUGUAGAGUUUGCUGGAAUUGCUGUAUGGAUUUUGCAACAGUCAGAACCACCUUCACCUAGAAGCCUUUCAUUAUUUCCUAGCGGAACAGAUGUUGCAGUAUCCAUUAACGGAAUGACCUCUGCAGCGGGACUCGGGACUUUAGGCCCCGAAGAUGCUUCAAUUACUUCUGGAGACUUUUUUGAGGCUUUAACGUCCUCCCAGUUCUACAAGAACACUAAGGUUCGCGAUAUCUCGGGAACUUUCCGAUGGGCACCCUUCCUUGCUUUGCAAAAAUCAAACUCAUUUUUGACCAUGAUGUUAUUGCUUUCCAAGUACAAAAUGAAGAGUGUUCCGGUAGUCGAUCUCGGUGACGGAAAGAUUGACAACGUCAUCACACAGUCCGCUGUCAUCCACAUGUUAGCUGAAUGCACUGGGUUUCAUUGGUUCGAAAGCUGGGGAAAUAAGAAACUUUCGGAGAUUGGUCUUCCAGCGAUGUCACCUAAGCAGAUUAUCAAAGUACAUGAGGAUGAACCGGUGCUUCAGGCAUUCAAGUUAAUGCGGAAAAAUAGAAUCGGAGGCGUACCAGUCGUUGAAAGUGGAGGAAGAAAAGCUAUCGGUAACAUAAGCCUUAGAGAUGUACAGUUUCUUUUAACAGCACCAGAGAUCUAUCGUGAUUACAGAUCCAUCACAGCGAAGAACUUCCUGAUAGCGGUUAAAAAGUACCUGGAGAAACAUGACGAGGGAUCGCCGAUGUUGAGUGGCACGAUUACUUGCAAGAGAGACAAGACCAUCAAAGAGUUGAUCAAGACACUUGACUCGCAAGAGAUCCAUCGGAUGUACGUCGUGGAUGACGACGGGAAUUUGGAAGGAGUGAUCACACUUAGAGACAUCAUAUCGAGGUUAGUAAACGAACCACGCGGGUACUUUGGCGAUUUCUUUGACGGUGCGUUGCCUUUACCGCAGAACAGUCGGGUUUAAAAG